GAUACGGGUCGGCCGCGACCUUGUGCAGCGGCGGUGUGCAGUGCCUGCGCAGGGAGAAGCGGCGCAGGUUACGAGCAAGUGCCGCCGGAUAUAGAGCGACAGGCUUUGGGACAAAAAGAAAACAAAAAAGACCGGCCGCUGGUCAGGCGGGAGUAUACGCCGGGUCGUCUCGCCCGAUGCACUCGGCACCAGGAACGAGAUGCUGAAGAUCGGCUGACGAGGGGCCGCGCUGUCCGAUGCCGCUGAGCCGCUGCUGCUGCUGGCCGAGGCUUGGCGCGGCCAAGGUCUGCGCCAGCGCGCUCGGCUCCCUAGCCCUGUUCCUGCUUCUGAUAUCGAGGCCGACGCCGGCGUCCGUCAACGCGCACCACCCCCGGCCGUCCGUCGGCAAGUCCACCAGCAACGACCUCUGGACGGGACCCCCGGCUUGGGUCGUGCUCCGGGACAACGUCACGGUCCACCGCGGCGUCGCAGCCAACCCGCACAACUACUCCUACCUGCUGGACAACCCCCAGGUUUGCGGCGAUGACGGCGGCGACAGGCCUCCGCUGCUGGUUGUGCUCGUCGCGUCCAACGCCAGGAACGGCGCCGAGCGCCGACAGGCCAUCAGGGACACCUGGGGACAGAAGUCCCUGCAGAGGGCGCUGAACUUUCGCGUCGUGUUUCUGCUGGCCGAUCCGGGAGAGCCCGCGCGUGACCUGAUGGCAGAGAACUACGCGUACGGCGACCUGGUGCAGGAGGACUUUGCCGAGAGCUUCGAGAACCUGGCGCUCAAGUCCGUCAUGGGGCUCAAGUGGUUCGUGACGCGCUGCCCCGGCGCCGCGUUCGCCCUCAAGACAGACGACGACAUCUUCGUGCACGUGCCCAACCUGCUGAGUGCACUGGACGGGCCGUCCAUGGAGGACGCCAUCUUGUGCCACUCGAACCCAGUGCGCCGCAUCCUGCGGCACGGCGAGGGCCCGCUGCCCAGCCGCUACCUCAAGUACUGCGUGCCCCGGGCCCAGCUGCCCGGGGAGCUGUUCCCGCGCUACUGCGGCGGCUUCGCCUACGCCUUCUCGCAGUCGUCGGCGCGGAGGCUCUACCAGGCGUCCCAAGCGACGCCCACGUUCUUCAUCGAGGACGCCUACGUGACGGGCUUCUGCCGCCUCAAGGCUGGCCUGCGCACCCUGGAGCACCCGGGCAUCACCCUCAAGCCGAGGGUGACCCUGGCUCGGGCGAGCUGCGCAUUCACCCGAGAGAGCAGGAUCACCUCGCACGAGCUGGGACCGCGCGACAUGCGCCUGCUGUGGCGCGAAGUGAACACGCAGGCCUUCUUCUGUCCGCGCCUGUUGGGCGUGAUCAAAGGUCCGACCACUCGGUGA